GCUCCGGUGGGGGGGGGGGUCAGGCCCGCCGGGACCGGAAGCAGAGCGGACGCGAGGCUCCCAUGGUGCCCCGCGGCGGCGGCCAUUCAAAUCGGGGCCGGGACGCGGGAGGCGGCCGAGCUCGAGGCAGAAAAUGGCGGGGCCGGGCCGCCAGGAGCGGGCAGGUGAGGCGAGGGGCGGGUUCCGGGCUCCCACCCCCAGUCCGUGCGUACGCGCCGCAGCCGGGUGACCUCUCCCUUCUCCCCACAGCUGACCUGCUCCCGACCGAGCCCGUGGAGGCCCCGACGGUGACGCCGGAGCUCGCCGCGGGACGGGGCGGCAGCAGCGCGGCGGCGUUUCACUGCCCGCAGGGCCCGGCCGGCCGCGCCCCGGGCUGCCGCUCCGUCUCGGUGGCGUUCCCCGGCCCGGUGACCCAGCAGGGCUGCUGCCACUUCGCCUGCGAGCUCCUCAAGCACGUGCUGUACCAGCGGCACCAGCUGCCCCUGCCCUACGAGCAGCUCGCCUACUUCUGCAGGAGGGCGCUGCCCCGCCAGCCGCAGGAUGGAGAUGCAAUUAAGAAGAAGCCACAUCCCCCAGACCUAGGGAGCAGCAGGAAAUGCCAGCAGUUGCUAAUGGAGCUGGAGGGAGUGUUCCGGCACUUGGAAGCCAUGUUCAACCUGACAUUGGUCCCUCGGGUCCUUAUUCUACUUGGAGGAAAUGCCAUGAGCCCCAAGGAGCUCUAUGAAAUCAACUUGGAGGGCAUCUCUGUGGGCAAUGCUGAGGAGAGCCUGCAAACACCAUCCUGUGUUCGUAAACUUUUCCACUCACUCUUCCUUGCAGAUGUCUUCAGUGAGCUACAGGCUGUCCCUGUCAUGGGCACCAUUGUCAUGGUCCAGGGGCACCGUGACUGUGGCAUUGACUGGUUCCGACCCAAGCUCAACUACAAAGUGCCAGCACGUGGGAGGAAGCUGACGGUCAACUUGUCCUGUGGUGGAAACAGCAGUACAAAUCCAUCCACUCAGCAGGGAGUGACCUCUGCCUGGGACAACUACAUAUGGUUCCAAGCACCAGUGACAGUUAAGGGCUUCCAUGAAUGACUCUUACUCUAUAGCAUUUUAAUGGGGCAUUUUUAAUAAUAUCUGGUGCUACUUUAGUUGAUACAAAACAAUGUUUUUAUGAUCUGUAACUACACCUCUCUGAAUCCUAUAUCCAGGGAAUCUGCUACCUGCAUGCAGUUGGGGUGCAUUCCACUGUCCAUACAACAGAGCUUUAAAUAUCCUCAUGCAAGGGUAAGCACUAGAGCAGUUUUGCCCCAGAUAUAGGUCUCUUGGGGGAAUGAAGAAGGAAUUCCCUAGAGGGUUGGUGGGAGUAAUUUUAUGUUUUUGCAGCAUGCCCACUUACCCAGCCAAUACUUGAAGCAACCUUCUCUGGGAGUAUCAUGGUGUUCACAUAGCUGUUCUCCUCUACUUGCUGAUAAAGUAGUGUGCAAUGUUAAUGGAUGCACUGGGACUUGAUGGAUUGGUGCUUAUGCUUAAUAUGGGGGUGACAAAGGCUAUCUAGCAGGUCUUACUAAGCCACUCAGGAUCUCACCUCCUUUACAGUCUGGUAAUAUCAUGAAAACAGAGGGAGGGUUGGAGGUUGCAUAGCUAUAACAAGAAUCACUUCAGGGAUAUAAUGUUGUGUGAGGGAUGUUCUAAAGAGGGAGAUUUCUAACCAUGAGAGAGGUCUGCCCAGCACUACCUUUUCUAUACUUGUGGGAGAAUGGAUAUCUGAGCAAUGCCACUUGCACCCAUGGUGAGAGGGCUCUGAAUGUCUUAAAUUUUCCAACUAUCAGUGAAAACAUAUAAAUGAUUCAUGUUUCAUUUC